AUGAUCCAGGGCUGCGUUAUAUUCCAUGGCGUUGCGGCUUUUAACGGCGUGGUCUUCGAAGGCGUGUCCUUUGACUUCGUGGUCUUUGACUUCGUGGCAUUUUACGCUGCGAUUUUCGACUUAACGUCCCGGCCCUCGACGUCGCGACCUCUGACGUCGUGGCCUUCGACAUCGCGACCUCUGACGUCCGACAUCGCGACCUCUGACGUCGUGGCCUUCGACAUCGCGACCUCUGACGUCGUGGCCUUCGACAUCGCGACCUCUGACGUCGUGGCCUUCGACAUCGCGACCUCUGACGUCGUGGCCUUCGACAUCGCGACCUCUGACGUCGUGGCCUUCGACAUCGCGACCUCUGACGUCGUGGCCUUCGACAUCGCGACCUCUGACGUCGUGGCCUUCGACAUCGCGACCUCUGACGUCGUGGCCUUCGACAUCGCGACCUCUGACGUCGUGGCCUUCGACAUCGCGACCUCUGACGUCGUGGCCUUCGACAUCGCGACCUCUGACGUCGUGGCCUUCGACAUCGCGACCUCUGACGUCGUGGCCUUCGACAUCGCGACCUCUGACGUCGUGGCCUUCGACAUCGCGACCUCUGACGUCGUGGCCUUCGACAUCGCGACCUCUGACGUCGUGGCCUUCGACAUCGCGACCUCUGACGUCGUGGCCUUCGACGUCGCGACCUCUGACGUCGUGGCCUUCGACAUCGCGACCUCUGACGUCUUUCCUUUCGACGUCGUGGUAUUCGGCUUCGCUAUUUUGAUGUCGGUUCAUUUGACACUGUGA